AUGGGUUUCAAUUCAGUCUAUAGAUCAUUGCAGGAUAUAUUUCCACAGGUUGAUUCUAGGUUGUUGAGGGCUGUGGCUAUUGAACAUCCUAAGGAUGCUGAUAUUGCUGCGGAAAUUGUUCUUACAGAAAUCAUCCCAUCAAUUUCCAAAAAAUUACUUCCAGCGGAGGAUAUGAGCCCGAGAGUUGUAGUAAACCUGGAAGAUGAAAGUGAGAACGAAGGGGAUGGGUUGGUACACCAUCAACUUAUUAAAGACACAGAUGUGGGGUCUUCUUCCAGUUCUUCUUCUAGGCCAGAUCUUAAUUUUCCAGUAAAAUUGCGACCGGGUAUUAGUCCUGUAGUUGUAAUAAACCUUGAAGAUGAAAGUGAGGAGGAAGGGAGUUUGGUGCAGAAACAUCAACUUGUUGAAGAUAAUGACAUGGGGUCUUCAUCAUCUGCAUCAUUAUCAUCACGUUCUAUACCAGUACAGAUUGCCGAAGCUGCCAAUUCUUCUUGUGGACUGGAUCUGAAUGUGACUCUUAAUGAAUCUACACUGUCAAAUGGGAGUGAUAAGAAGGUUGGAAGCAAAAGAUUUUUUGGGAUAGAUCUUGAAGCUUACUUAAAAAGAGGGUUCUUGAAUGAUAUUCCUCAGGAGACAUCAAAUGGUUUUAACUUUUUUGAUCAGGGGCGGCUUGAUGUCGAUGUUGAUUCUGAAAAUUUGACAUCUUCACGUGUGUAUCCAGUGGGGGAGAAUGAACAGAACAAUCUGAAUGAAGAAUGGGUAGAUUUUGUCCCUACUGAUGAAAAUGUUGAUGCCACUAUCUGUGAUACAAGUCGCAGUUUGGAAAAAUGUGAAACUUCCUUUAAUGAGUUAGAAGGCUCUGAAGUUUUAACUAUAUCUCAACUUCAGGAGCAUACUCCAAUUGGUGAAGAUUAUCUUCACAUGGAUGUUAAUUCAAAUCCUUCUGUCAUUGUUGGUGAAGCUAGUCAUAUUGAAGAUGAGAUUGUUGAUGAAGCUAGUCAUGUUGAACAUGAAAUUGAUGUCAAUAAGACAACCAGCGAAAAUAGUCAUGUUGAACAUGAAAUUGAUGUCAAUAAGACAACCAGCGAAAAUAGUCGAGCAUGCAGCAUUGAUACACUUGAGGAGACCAUUGAUGAAGCAAAAACUAACAAGAAAAUGUUGUUUUCAUCAAUGGAAUCUCUUAUUAAUUUGAUGAGAGAAGUGGAACUUCUGGAGAAAGCUGCUGAGCAGGCCAAUAUGAUAGCUGCUAGGGGAGGGUCUGAUAUUCUGGAUAGGGUAGAAGAGUAUCAAGCCAUGUUGGUGCAUGCUAAAGAAGCAAAUGACAUGCAUGCAGGGGAAAUUUAUGGAGAAAAGGCUAUUCUGGCAACUGAACUGAAGGAACUUCAAUCUCGUUUGUCAAGUUUGUCUGGUGAAAGGGAUAUGUCUCUUGCAAUUCUUGAUGAGAUGCGCCAAAUUCUUGAGUCUCGAUUAACUGCAGCUGAAAUGUUAAAGAAAGCAGCUGAGCUUGAAAAGGAGGAAAAAGAGGGAUCAGCAAGGAUGUCACUUCUUGUGCAAGAAGCUAUGAUGGAGAAGGUAGUUCAGGAAUCACAGAGGCUACAACAGGAGGCAGAAGAGAAUUCAAAGUUACGGGAGUUUCUGAUGGACCGUGGGCAGAUCGUUGAUACAUUGCAAGGAGAAAUUUCUGUUAUUUGUCAGGAUAUUAGGCUUCUAAAAGAAAAAUUUGAUGCAAAUCUUCCUCUGAGUCAAUCAUUCACGUCUAGUCAGACAAGUUGCAUCUUAGCCUCUUCAGGUUCGUCACACAAAACCUUGGCAUCUAAUGCGGGUUCUGAGCAUAGUGAUUCGUCUGAAAUACUCAAGAUCAUCCAGGCAUCUAAUGCGGGUUCUGAGCAUAGUGAUUCGUCUGAAGUACUCAAGAUCACCCAGGCAGUCUCAAUUGAAAGCCUUUCUAACAAAGGUGUGGAAGAGGAGAAAUCCAAAUCUGAACACAAUGCUCUUCUUGAUGACGGGUGGGAAAUUUUUGACAAAGAUGCAGAACUGGAAUCUUGA